AUGUAUGGACCAAGCAUUAGACGUCGUGCACGUGGAGGACGUGACAUCGGCUACAAUGACCAAGCAAUUGCGUUGAUAGUGAUGCUACUGCGUCAAGUGCAUCAGCUGGAGCAUAAACCACCUGUUACACUUGGACUUAUGGUACUGAUGUGUGGCAUUCACUUUCAAAAGAAUGAAACACCUGAGCGCUUUGUGCCAUACUAUCUCUGUCCUGAUCAAGUAAUCAGGAAGUCCGACUACAUGCGGAUCGUUAUCUCGGGACUUAUUCAUGUGGAUGAAUGGCACUUGUACCAUAACAUGAUUUCGUUUCUUUGGAAAGGAUACAAUCUAGAGUCCAAAUUGGGAAGUGUACGCUUCCUCUUUACCAUUAGCUACUUACUUGUGCUAUGUCAUACCCUUGUAGUUAUAGUGUCACUUGUACUAGCAACAAGAUUCCAGAUACCGGGUCCUUUGUAUCAGUGUAGUGUGGGUUUUUCAGGUGUUUUAUUUGCACUCAAGGUACUCUUGAAUCAUAACUCGCCAACUUUCUCAUCCAUAUAUGGCUUUCAAGUGCCUACAAAAUAUGCAGCAUGGCUAGAACUGGUGGCAAUCCACUUUCUCGUGCCACGAACUUCAUUUAUGGGCCACAUGUGUGGUGUACUAGCUGGAUACAUGUUUGUGUAUUCGCCAUCGAUCCAGACGACUAUGAAUACCGGUUCUCGCUGGAUCAGGCGAUGGCUGGAGACGCUGAUGAAGCCAAUUGCCAACCGCCGCAACAUCGAUCCACAAACUGCAUCAUAUCAUGCUUCACGCACUUCGACUAGAACGUCUACAACCUCUAUCGAGACGGACGAAGAAUUGGCGCGACGUCUUCAGGAAGAAGAAUAUCAAGCAGCGCGAAUUCCACGAGAACAACAUGAAGCUGAUCAACUCACUCGAAGCGAACUGCGUCGUCGGCGUAUAGCUCGAUUUUCCAGCGGACAACGAAGUAUAAACAGAUCAUGA